AUGAACGACGCUCUUGCGAAUGAUUUCGCGCCACCACAACGUCUCAUAUUGUGUGGCCGCGCCAUUAAAGUCAAGCAACGAUCCGAGCAAAACGUACCGGACGACAACGAGCAACAGGCCUACACGGAGAUCCCUAACCCAACGGUCAUGCACGCUGUAGCGAACGCGUCAAUUCCUUCGAGAGCUCCUUGGAUGUGCUCCGAUACCUCGGGUGCAAGCAGCAGCAACGUUGGCCUUGCCAUGCUUGGCCGCAACGCUCAUCCGAGUCUGCCCAGGAGGCCACCGCCGCCUCCACAGCAUCAACAUCGCGAUGCGCAGCGAGACUCUGCUACAAUGCAGGCCGCAUCACUAGUGCUGGGCCGAAGCCAUCUGCAUCACGGUCAGCCAGGCUCUCCGCGCUUGGCUCAGCACGCACUGCCCGCAAAGCCCAACGUGAGCUCGAGCAGCGGUGCUGACCGUGCUGCUCGCAAGCGACCAAGAGUGUCUAGCGACGCGACGUCGCUUCGACCCGUCGUGCACAGUCGCUCGCAGUCGCAUGACAACAAACGGGCGAAGAAGCACUCGUCGCCACUUUCCGAUAGCUGCAUGAGCGAGCAAAGCUCGACCAAUGCAGCGCAACGUGCUGCUCAUCGCCCCACCCGAUCCAUCGACGCUUCUGGCUCUCCGUCCACGAGUCACCAACCUUUGUCGCCUACUUUUACCGCUCUCACACCGACAUGGGCGAUUGAAAAGACGACAAAGAUGCUCAACGUUCUCGCUUCGUUGGAUAGUAGUAGACGCUGGAUAUUUGACACGGCUCGGCAGCGCUUGGGCGCAGCGCUUCGACAGUGUCCAAGCGGUUUGCAUGCCGAGCCUUGCAUGGAGAGCUUGCAGUCAUCGAUAGGUCAAGCGAUUGUGGCGUGCUUUGAGCUUGCAGGCGAACGAUGGGUGGAGUAUUGCAGCGGGAGUGGACCGUUGGAUGGAGAAUUGCACGUAUGUGCGGAUGAAGGGGCGUACAAAGAAGCCCAAGCUCGAUUUUUGGACGGACGACUUGCGCGCGAUCUGUGUGGCGCUGCCUUUGAGCAUCGAGUCGACGUCACUGCAGAGCUCUUUGCAAGCGACGCCCAUCUCGCGUUCAUCGAGCAGGCCCUCGCCGAAACGCGCAAAUGGAUCAAGGAGAGGUUGGAUAGUGCAAAGGAUAAGUACGUCCUCGAAAGCAGGCUGGUCCUGCAACGUCGCUCUCACUAG